CAUCCCCGCCUUCUUCUCCCCCGGGGCCGCCCCCCGCCCGCCCGGGACCUGGAGGCCGCCAUGGCCACCGUGGAGGCCGCGUUCGCCCGGCUGCCCCGGCGGGGGGCGGGGCCGGGGGACAUGGGUGAGGUCGCCAAGGCCUGCGGCCUGCCCCUCUACUGGAAGGGCCCCCUGUUCCACGCCGCGGGCGGCCAUCGGGGCGCCGUCUCCGCCCGCGACUUCCUGGGCCUGUGGAGGAAGGUCCUGCUCUCCUGCCACGACGAGGCCUCCAAGUUGGUGCAGCUGCUGGGGUCGCCGGGCCGCGCGGGGCUGGGGCCCGAGGACUUCCGGCCCCUGCUGGAGGACGUGGUGGCCUCGCACCCCGGGCUCUCGAUCCUGAAGGAGGCGCCCGAGGUCCAGUCGCGCUACGUCGCCGCGGUCACCCAGCGCAUCUUCUACACCGUGAACCGGUCCUGGUCGGGGCGGAUCUCGUGCGCGGAGCUGAGGCGGAGCCGCUUCCUGCAGGCCCUGGCCCGGCUGGAGGCGGAGCCCGACCUGGCCCGGAUGACCGAGUUCUUCUCCUACGAGCACUUCUGCGUCAUCGACUCCAAGUUCCGGGAGCUCGACCUCGACGGCGACCUUUUGAUUGACGCGGACGACCUGGGGCGCUACGGCGACGGCGCCAUUUCCUCCAGGAUGAUUGACAGGAUCUUCUCGGGCGCCGUGAUGCGGUCCCCGCCGGGCGGGCCGAUGAGCUACGCGGACUUCGUGUGGUUCCUGCUGUCGGAGGAGGACAAGACCACGCCCACCAGUGCCGAGUACUGGUUCCGCUGCAUGGACCUGCAGGGCCGCGGCGCCCUCGCGGGGCCCGAGCUCGAGUUCUUCCACGCGGAGCAGGCGCGGCGCCUGGCGGCCCGGGGCCUGGAGCCCAUGACCCCGCGGGACUGCGUGUGCUGGGCGCUCGACCUGGUGCGGCCGCGCACGCCCGGCCGCAUCACCCUCGGCGACCUCAAGCGCUCCGGCAUGGCCGCCGUCUUCUUCGACGCCUUCUUCAGCCUGGAGAAGUUCCUGGCGCGCGAGGCCACGCCCACGGCCCCGGAUGACCCCGCCACCCCUCACCCUGGGCGGCAUUCGCGCCGCGGAGUUCGAGUUCCUGGCGGCCGAGGAGGCGGAGGCGGCGGGGGAGCCAUGGGGGGACGAGGAGGAGGGGCCGGACCCCGCCCGCGCCCCCGCCGACCCUGGCCGGACCCCGGAGUGGGGGCACCGCCGACUUCUUCCUGUGCGACAGUGACGACAGCGACAGCGAGAGCGACAGCGACGUGGGUGACCUCUGACCUGUGA